UGGCAUACCCUGCUCCCACCACUAUCGAUGGCCUUGCCUACAUUCAGGCGCGGGACGCCUCGAGGUGAAUUGUUGGGGCUAAAUGUGUGGCGCAGUCGCAUGGGUAAGCUCCAGCUCGCGGAGAUUGGCAGGGGCCGAAGCCACACAUGA